AUGCAUGAUGUCCUUGACAGUUGGACUGUGGAUGAGGAAAACAUGUUAAAAGAGUCAUGGAAUUAUCUGCUUCAGCUUUCUGGAGACGACAGCAAGCAGGAGCUCAACAAGGGCUUGUGGGACUUCAUGGCGGCUGAUCAUCCUGAUGUUACUAUUAUUCGCUUUCUCCGUGCCAAGAGAUGGGACAAGAAAAUGGCCAUGGCCAUGCUCAUAUCAACCAUCCAGUGGCGCAAGGGGCAAGAAAUCAACGGCAUUGUCCAAAUAGGCGAAAACGUUGGAUUAAAAUCCUGUCCUUCCGCGGAUGAGAAAGAUUUUAUGAUGCAUCAUCGGUCUGGCAAGAGUUACAUCCGCGGGAUAGAUAGAGAUGGCCGUCCGAUUUAUAUUAUCAGGGCUAGACUGCACAAUCCCAGCUCGCAAUCGACCAGGUCAAUGGAGAUGUUCGUUUUACAUACCAUUGAAAAUCUCAGAAUCAUGCUAAAAGCACCGAACGAUACGUCUUGUUUUAUUUUUGAUCUCACUGGAUUUGGCGUCCGAAAUAUAGAUUUGCACAUCAUUAAAUUCUUUAUUGAUGUUUUUGAAUCUAAAUACCCUGGGAUUUUGGGGGUAGUGCUUAUCCACAACGCGCCAUUCAUCUUCUGGAGUAUCUGGAAAGCUAUUAAAGCAUGGUUAGGCCCGGGAAUCGCGUCAAAAAUACACUUUACAAACAGCUAUAACGAUCUUAUACGUUUUAUCUCGCCAGAGAACCUGCAAACGUACUACGGUGGUAUGGACAGUUGGGAGUAUACUUAUAUUGAACCAGUACCAAGAAUGGAUAAUCGACUACAGCCAGACGACAGCGCCGAGCUCAAUAGAGAGAGAAGCCAGCUCAUUCACCAGUUCGAAGCGCUGACCGACGAGUGGAUACGACUAGAUCCUGGUUCGGCUGCAACAAUUGAAAUAGCAAGACAAAGAUAUGAUUUAGUAAAAAGAUUGCAUCAAAACUACUGGAAACUAGACCACUACACCAGAGCAACAACAUAUUACCAUCGAACAGGUGUGAUUGGCGUGACUGGUGAGGUGGAUUUCAGCGCGGCAAAAUAG